AGUUGUUGGGCGUUGAUCAGUCAUCACAUUACAAUUAUUUGUUUUUGUGUUUAAAAUUCUAAAAGUUUUGAAUGAUAAACUACUCUACUACUUGUUUAAUAGUGUAUGUGAUAAAAAUACAUAAAGUAACAACAAUAUAGUUUAAUUUCAUUGGAUAACACAACUAGUUUGAGACAAUGAAGAAUAGAAGUUUGGCCGGUAAUUGUGGCAUUGGCGUGUUUGUCAUUGCCCUUGUUACUGUGGCAUUGGCAUUCGGUACGCCCAGCUGGUUGGUCAGCGACUCCAGAAUAAGAGGCGCCAAAUUAGAUAGAUUAGGUUUAUGGAGUCACUGCUUCAGAUCGCUGCCAGAUCCCCUCGACCAAUACCAAAGGCGGUUCUUUGUUGGCUGUCGUUGGGUGUACGACCCCUUCACGACAGGAUAUGACAAGAUUCGUGGAUAUUUACUCCCCGGUUUCAUGAUAGCGACACAGUUUUUCUUCACAUUGUGCCUGCUAGGAGUUUUAAUAUCUACAGUACUAGUGUUGAUGUUCUUCUUAUGUUGCGGACCUGAUCAAAAUAGAUUUGUAACUUUGAUAAAGAGUAUUGGAUAUAUUAUGUUAGCUGCAGGUAUAUGUGGAGUAAUUGCAGUUAUAGUAUUUGCAUCAUUGGGUAACACAGACGGGUGGAUGCCAGAUCAUCCCAACAAUUAUUUAGGUUGGUCAUUCGGUUUGGGUGUCGUCGGUUCCGUGGCAUGCUUAGUCACCUCUGCACUCUUCCUGACUGAGUCAAACAUCCAGGCAAAGAAACGUAACAAGAUGAAAGAAUCUCAAGCUCGAUUUGAGUUAGAAUACGAAACAAAAGCAUAACACUAAACAAAAAUCACAUUUAGAAUUAGUUUAAUGUUAAGAAAAAUAAGUAAAUAGGCAGGAAUGGAAGUCUCGACUAUGAUUACGAUAGAAAAGAGUUGCUAGGUCAUUAAUAGAUUUCUAACUUUAUUACAACUGUGAAAGCCAUUACGAUUUUCACGACUUAGCGACCGAAUUCUGGCCUUAUGAAUAUUGGGACUGCUAGUCCUGGCUGUUUCUAUAAAGGACAACUAUUUCUGUAAACCACAGGACUUAAUUUAAGCAAUGUUUAUGUCUCGAAUUAUAUUAAGAUCUGAAGAACCAUCCGUCCAAAAUGGUUAGCGCAAAUGCCAAUACAUGUAUGUAUUUGUUGUUUUUAUAAUAUUACCAGUAUUUUGCUUUAGAUAUACAUAAUCAUAUUUUAGCAAUUAAUUAUAUUAGUUUACGUAUUUUUCUAGAUCAUUUUCUUUUUUCUUUUGUAUUUUUACCAAAUAUGUCGACAAGAUUUGUAGGUAAUACUUGGCUUGGAUGUUUGAAUGAGUGCCAGAUUUGUUAUAUUUAAUGGACUACCUCCACUAUUUUAUUUUGCCGUAAAUAUUUUGCUUUUAAUAUUACACGUACAAUUGAAUUUUAACGAAAUAUUUGUAUAGACCAAAACUGUAGAGUGUAGAUUGAUAGAGUGUAGCUUAUUGUAAGGGUUACUAAAGCACACAAACUUUAGAGCACUUUAUCUAAAAAAUCUAUCUUUGUUAUAGUAUAGUUGGUGUAUAGGAAUGACUUUUCGAAUGUGCCUUUAAUAUUAUAUACUUGACUUGUUAAUUCUAGAGACAACAAUGCUGUUGCAUUUUAAGUACUUGAUAUUAUUUUAAAAGACAUGAU